AUGCCACUAGAGCCUCCUGUAGAUGACGAGGAGUACGCCUCCUCCGAGGAUUCGGAUUUCGCGCCCGACGACGCGCAGGAGCGCGCUUCUUCUGCUGGAUCCGACGAUGAAGCGGGCGAUGCGACGGACGCACAGGCUCCCGGCAAGAGGAAGAGAGGCGCUGGCGAUGCGGAGGCGGAAGACGCCGGCUUUGAAAACUCUGGAGACGAAGCAAUCAUUGAGAAAGCCAAGAAGCGGCGCAAGAGGGGCAAGCAUGCCGAAGGCGGCAAUGCCGACGAGGAGGGCGGCGAGGGCGGCUUGAUCAAGACGCGAAGCCAGCGCGCUCAAGAAAAGGCGGAGCGGAAGGCGGCGGUCGCUACUGGACCCGUUACGAUCGAUGUUGACGCUGUGUGGGCGCAGAUGCUGGCUGGUAAUGCGGCCAAGACUUCACCAGACCAGCCUCCACAGGAUGCACACGGCCAAGCUGCGGGAUCAAAGGCCGGACAAGCUCCGGGAGCAGACGCGGAGAGCGGAGCCGCGAAGAUAGACGCGGCAGAACCCUCAGAGAUGGUCAAGAUCAAGCGAACCUACAACUUCGCCGGCAAAGUCCACACCGAGGAGAAGCUCGUUCCACGAGACUCGGCAGAGGCCAAGCUAUACCUGGAAUCACAAGGCGAAAAUGGGACUCCUGACGAGAGCGAGGAUCCCACGCGGCGCCUACCGCGAAGAGCAUUCCGGUCCGUCUUUGAGCCCGUCAUUGACAGCCAGCUACUGCAAAGAUCGGAUCUGAACCUGGGUAUGAUGAUGAGGCUCCAGGCGCGAGAACAGGCCAAAGACGCCAAGAAGCUCAACGUGGUCGAGAAGAGCAGAAUGGACUGGGCUGGAUAUGUGGACAAAGAGGGCAUCAAGGACGAGCUGGCGCUGGCCGGCAAGUCCAAGGGCGCGUACUCUGAGCGGCAGCAGUUCCUGGCGCGGAGUGAAGCGAUCAGGGAGGAGGAGGCUCGGAGAGCCAGGUUGGCUGGCAAAGCCUAG